AUGACAAAGUGUGGCUGGUGGUUACCAGUGACUAAGGAGCUGAGCUUCCAAAAGUUUAUUGAACAAUCUGACUUACUAGAAGAACUUAAAUAUGACUUCAAUGAAAAAGCUGAAUUGAGACACACUGAGACACAAAGUCCUUUUGUCUUUAACUAUUACAAAAAUGUCCUUGAAAGGAAUAGCAAACGCUACCAGGCCCUUGGCCAUUUGCUCGAGCAAUACAUCUAUGAGCUUUUGGAGAAAGUGUGCAAAUUACAAAAAGUAUAUAUCCCACUGGAGGCUGAUAAGGAACCAAGAAGCUUCAUUUUCAUGAGUGAGAAAGCAUUGACUAAUCAUCAUUCUGCUCUUCUGGUCCUUCUUCAAGACCGUGGUGUCUUUCGAGCUGGUCAGUGGAGUCAGCAGGCAAUAAUACAUCAUGGUCUCCAACAUGGAAGUCAGAUACCGUGUAUUCAAAUGGCAUUGCAGGCACAUUAUGAUAUAAUUGUGCUAAACCCCAAUGACAAUUUUGUGGACCUAAAGAUGGAAAAAGAGUGGAAAGGCCUGUUAAGACAAAAUAUUGAGACUUCUUCCCUAAAAAUGAUUCAAGCUGAGAGCUUAUUCUCUCUCCAGCAGCCUUUCCAGUGCAUUCCAAAAAGAUGCAGCCACACCCCUGAAGAACACAUGGUUUAUAUUUGGGAUUAUUUUAUUUCAAAGACUGAAGGCAAGGAUGUUGCCUUCAUUGUACAUGGUUAUGGAGGCUUGGUUUUUAUGGACUUGCUUGUCCAUAGAAAGUGGGAAGUGAUGAGUAAAGUGUAUGCUGUUGCACUUGUUGACUCUGAACAUCAUGCAGGACACCAGCUGGGAAAAGAUGAACAGUUAUUAGCAUGGAUAAAGCAUCAUUGCCGUGAAUGGGUGACAAGUCCUAGGCCUUUGGAUAAACCCGCAACCACUGUUUUAAAAAAGGAGUUUCCUAUGGUUUCUGCUGGUACAGAAAAACACAAUUUAGCCCCUUCCUCUAGCCUUCAGUCAAUUUUUAAAUACUUCAAAAAAGCUUUGAAAGCCAAAACAACUAUCAGUUUUUCCCGAAUGCCAAUAGUAACUAGAAGCUCCACAAAGAGAAAGCAAAGUGUGUAA